CAUGAACAUCGUGACACUGAAUGUCGGCGGCCACAUCUACACAACCGCUCGGUCUACCCUCACCCGCUACCCAGACUCCAUGUUGGGCGCCAUGUUUGGUGGAGAUCUUGAAACCUUGCGGGACGACCAGGGUCGGUACUUUAUAGACCGGAACGGAAGGAUGUUCGAACAUGUCCUCAACUUCCUCCGUACGGGCCAGCUGGUCCUUCCUGAAGACUUCAAGGAGCUCCCUCUGCUCGAGAUGGAAGCUGAUUUUUAUCAGAUCCAGCCGCUCAUCGAAGCACUGAAAACUUACAAGGCCAGCUGCGCUCAUGACUUCGUUGUUGUGAGACCAUCACUGACAUAUCCACAAUUCACAGUAGUGAGCGCUAACACUAAAGAAGUUGAGAAUAAGGUAAAAGAUCUGAGUCUUAAGAAACAAACCCGAAAGAUGAGUAACCCCAACGAUAUUGUGAGCUUAAACGUCGGUGGUCACAUCUAUACUACAACCAGGGCUACUCUCAUGGCCGGGUCCCAAUCCAUGCUAAGCAGGAUGGUCAGCCAAGGGCCCAGGGGACGUGCACAAACCAGAGGCGCUGAACCGUUGCGGGAUCCCCAGGGUCGAUACUUCAUAGAUCGGGACGGGGUGGUCUUCCGGCACGUGCUCAAUUUCCUCCGAAUCGGCAAGCUGGUCCUUCCUGAGGGCUUCAAAGAGCUCGAUCUGCUCGAGAAGGAAGCUGAGUUUUACGAGAUCGAAGAGCUUAUCGAAGCUCUCCGGAUCAUGAUGGGCAAGGAUCGUCCCGAGGAUUAUUAUUAUGACGACGACGUAGAGAUGAGUACGUCCAGCGACGUCGUGACCUUAGACGUUGGAGGUCACGUUUAUCGCACGACCAUGACCACCCUCACCCGCUACCCAGACUCCAUGUUGGGCGCCAUGUUUGGUGGAGACUUUGACGCCUUGCGGGACGACCAGGGUCGGUAUUUCAUAGACCGGGACGGGACGCUCUUCCGACACGUGCUCAACUUCCUCCGUACAGGCCAGCUGGUUCUUCCUGAAGACUUCAAGGAGCUCCCUCUGCUCGAGAUGGAAGCUGAUUUUUACCAGAUCCAGCCGCUCAUAGAAGCACUGAAAACAUACAAGGCCAGCAUGUAUCAACGCUGCGCUCAUGACUUCGUUGUUGUGAAACCACAUAAAUAUCCACAAUACACAGUAGUGAGCGCUAACACUAAAGAAGUUGAGAAUAAGGUUAAAGAGCUGGUACAGACGCUUGCAGAACAAUUGAGUACUGAAUAUGCCUGGGACCAGCGGCUGACAUCAGUAAAGAUGAGCGGCUCCAUCUUGACAUUGAAUGUCGGUGGUCACAUCUACACAACCACUCGGUCUACACUUACCCGAUACCCAGACUCCAUGUUGGGCGCCAUGUUUGGUGGAAACCUUGAAAACUUGUGGCGGGCCGCGCGGGACGACCAGGGUCGGUCCUUCAUAGACCGGGACGGGACGCUCUUCCGACACGUGCUCAACUUCCUCCGUACCAGCCAGCUGGUUCUUCCUGAAGACUUCAAGGAGCUCGCUCUGCUCGAGAUAGAAGCUGAUUUUUACCAGAUCCAGCCGCUCAUAGAAGCACUGAAAACUUACAAGGCCAACAUGUAACAGUUAUCAUGACUUCGUUGUUGUGAAACCAUCAUUGACAUAUCCCGGACAACACACAGUAGUGAGUGCUAACACCAAACAAGUUAAGGAUAAGGCAAAGGAGCUGGUACAGGCAGUUAGAGACCAACUGUAUUCUGAAUAUGGACACGACCAGGUACCACAUGAAGCGUACAUGGCCGCACUGCUUGGAAAGUUCGAUGAGAUAGGUUUUGCAGUUCAGACUUGUGAAGUCGUGAGCGAGACACCGUUUUGGUUCAUGGUAAGAAAAACCUGCAAAAAUUCUUAAAAAAACGAACCUGUUCAAUUUCAAAUUCCUCAUCAAAAUGUUGUUAUCAUUUACUUAAUCAUUGCUUUAUGGAUAUUUCAUAAUUUAAGAUGUACUGUACAUUACUUAAGUAUUGGUAUAUAAAUAUGUAAACGUAUCUCUUUGUCUAGAACGAUCACUAUUAUAUCGUAUUUAUGUCGUUUCUGUAGCUUAGUAGUAAGCUUGAGCUGGAUGUGAAAUUACUCAAUUUAUGCAUGUUUUGACUUGUAAUAGACCAAAGAGAGUUGAAUAAAUCUGAGGCAAGAAAUAAAACUUCUACGGGGAGCCAUGAUCAUAUUAAGACAAAAGUCGCCAUGGGGAAACGAAAUACAUAAGGAAAGCUAAAUAAUUGUAGUAGU